AGGGGCCGGAGCUGCCCGCAGAGAAGAUGGCGGCGGCCGGGGGGACACGCGGGGCUCGGCUGCUGGCUGAGCGGCUUCGGGCGGAGAAGAGAGCGGCGGAGACAUCGCAGGGGCCCAGCGUCAGCGCCAGCCUGCAUGAACUCAGGAGCUGGGUAUUACAGCAGGACUCUGAUCUUGUGCUGAUAAAUAAACCUUAUGGGCUGCCGACACACGGUGGCCCUUCCGUGGACAGAAGUGUAGCCUCCCUGCUCCCUGCCCUGUCUCAGAUGCUGUUUGGAAGAGGGGCUGAGCCUCUGAGGGUGUGUCACCGUUUGGACAAAGAUACCACUGGGGCGUUAAUCCUGGCCAGGAAUGCGGAGGCUGCAGAGCGCGUGCAGAGCCUAAUGCGGGAACGCAGGAUGCACAGAGUCUACUGGGCGGUGUGUCUCGGGGUUCCUGCUCCUCUGGAAGGAAUUGUGGACAUUCCCAUCAUAGAGAAGGAGACUCCUGGACCCCAGAAACAUUACAAGAUGGCUCUGUGCCCGCGGUUCCGGGCGUCACCAGGCGGAUCGCUGCAGCGGUUCAGCAUCAGUGGUUCCGCACAUGAGGCUGUGACGCAGUACCGCACUCUGGAGAAGGGAUCGGGGGUCUCGCUGAUAGAGCUGCAGCCUCUGACAGGAGUAAAGCACCAGCUUCGAGCCCAUCUUGCUCUCGCCCUGAAUUGUCCGAUUCUUGGAGACCACAAGUAUUCUAACUGGGCUCGCCUCGCUCCGCAGAAACCCCCUCCGUCUGUGCUCCAGGCUCUCGGAAUCUCUCUCCCACAAGCUCGGACUCUUCUCCUCCAUCUUCACGCUGCACAAGUCACCCUCCCGCUCUCCCCGGACUGUGACCCGGCUGUACUGCGCUGUCCACCUCCUAAACAUUUCCUGAGAACCCUCCGGAAGCUGCGUCUCCCUGUCCCCAGCCUGCAGAGCAUCGGAGUACCCGCGGAGGAUGGCGCUGUCUAACACUGAGACACGGACAGCCAGGAGAGAAGACUUUAUUUAAGCAUAGUACGCCCAGAGGAAGAUGGCGCAGGUCAUCAUGAUCAGCGCGUUCACAUUGGCGAGACGGGCCAGCUUGGGGUCCUCCUUGAUGCUGGGCAGUGUGGAGCUGCUUUCCGGCGUGCUGGAACUACCUGCGGAGAGAAGACGCCAUGUAUUACCCAUGAUCCCUACACAGCCGCGCGCUGGAAUAAAAUCACGUUAUACCAGAA